AUGCCCGCCCAGAUCAACAGCUCGGUCGCGGGGAGUAUUCCGAUACACAUCGCCAACGACACCAACAAUUAUCGCAAACAACACAAGCACUCCCGGUCCUCCUACUCGGAAUCAUCGCCCCUCGCUUCUUCGCGUAACAACUCAGUCACAUUCCGGCCUCCCAAGCGACUCAUGUCGUCUCCAAACAAGACCAUAGCCGUGAUCAACGCUGCUGGCCGGCAGGCGGCUUCUUUGAUCCGCAAUGCCACAGCCGUCGGCUACCACGUGCGCGCGCAACUCCGGAAUCUCGAGGGAGUGAUCGCAACGGAGGUGUCGACAAACCCCAACGUAACCGUCUUUGUUGGAGAGUUGUACACGCGACACAAGCCGACGGAAGAGAACAAGGAUGUGACCAAGAAUGGCCCUCUUUCCGGAGUCGGCAUCAACCACGACCUCAUCUCGAACCUCUUCCGCGGCGCCCAGCUCGCUUUCAUAAACACCACCUUUUAUGGCGAUGAGCUCUCAAUAGGCAAGGCAAUGGCCGAUGCUGCGAAGAAGGCCGGCAUCCAGCACUACAUUUACUCCUCCAUGCCCGAUCAUGCUGCGUACGAUCCAAGCUGGCCAUCGCUGCCUUUGUGGGCCGACAAGCACAAGGUGGAAGAGUACGUGCGAGAACUGAAGUUGCCCGCCACGUUUGUGUACACGGGCAUUUACAACAACAAUUUCACAUCUCUCCUCUACCCCCUCUUCUGCAUGGAAUUGCAAGAAGACGGCUCCUUUGUGUGGCAAGCGCCCUUCCACGAAGACGCCAAACUGCCCUGGCUGGAUGCCGAACACGACGUGGGGCCGGCCAUUCUCCAGAUCAUCAAAGAUGGUGUUUCCAAAUGGGGUGGUGAACGUAUCGCCCUGGCAUAUGAGCACCUGACACCGAAAGAAGCUUGCGAGGUCUUCGAACGUGGCGUCGGCCGCCCUGUGCGAUACGUCCGAGGUCCUAUCGAGAUAAAGGUCCGCAUUCCAGCUGGAUAUCGCGAGCAGCUCGAGGCCCUCGAGAAGCUCUUCGACCCCAACGAGCCUGACGCGAAGAAGCAGCCUCCCUAUUUCGGCGAUGCUCGCUUGGAGAGCAGUGUCCCCGCGACGGCUCUUGAGCUCUGGGAAGGCCCUCGUUGUCUCGAAGAGUACGCUCGGGAGAUGUUCCCACUCGAGGAGGAGGCGAACGGGUUGACGUGGAUGUUUGAUGACGAGGACGAGCUGACGGAGGACGAUGAAGCUCUGCGCACAACCACAACGUCGGUCGAGCAACUACGCAUCCAUGACGACGUCGAAGAGGAGGACGAAGAAGACGAAGAUGAGGGCCUCGUCAUGCGUGGGCGAAAGAGAGACGAGGAGCAGUGGUUGGCGUAG